AUGACGACGCGGUCAAUCGAGAAGCAGCAACUGCGAUCUGGCGUGAUCGGUUUCUCCGGCGUCGCGCUCGCCACGGCCGCCAUGUUCUCGUGGAGCUACAGGGCGCUGCCGGACCUGUUCGCACAGCGGAUCCGGGUCGAGAAAGAGCCCGUAUACACGGUCGAGGAGACGGCCGAGAAACGCGCGCGGACGGUGAAGCAUCUGCUGCAGGCGAACCACAGCAUCUACAGCGUCAUCUAUCAUAACCUCGAGUUCCACAACCAUACCCCGCACAUUCUGGGGUCAGCCUACAUCCUCGGCGCGACCGACGAACACCUGAACGAAGUGUACGACGUCGAAACCGAGACGCUGGAGAAAUGGACCGACUCGCCCGGUGAAAUCACCGAGUCCAACUGGCGAGAGCAUUUCGGACAGAGGGAGUACCAGCGGGCAUACAUGGACUUUUUCGAAGACCAGAUCCCCAAGCACGGCCACGACUGGAGAGCCAUGACGGAGAAGUAUCUCUUCGAAGGGCCCAAUCCCCUCAUCAACAACAUCAUCUGCGGCCUCGGCCACGCCCUCAUCCACCUCGGCUACGCCUACGAGCUCUCCUCCCGCACCCUCGCGCCCGAAGCCCUCGUCCUCGCCACCUGCUUCCACAACGCGCAGCACAAAUACCUCGACGACCCAUCCUACACGCGGCCGCCGCCGGCCAGCAACCCUCCCAGCAGCUCCCCGCUCGAGCUCCUCGCCCGCCUGCGGCGCGACCCGCGCUUCGACGACGCUGACGACGCGCUCUUUAUAGGCGGCCCCGACGACAACGACGACGACAACGAAAACAACAGUAGCAAAGGCGGCGCCGGCGACGACGCCAACAUCGAAGCGCUCCUCGCCUCGCCCGCGCACGAGGCCGCCGUGCUCGAGUACUGGAACGCGCUCGCGGUCCCCGCCGCCGACCCGACCGCCAUCUUCGCGGGCGUGCAGCGCGCCGCGGUCGAGCUGCUGGUGGCGACGAAGCCGGAGUCAUCGUCGUCAUCGGCAUCCGGAAGUCGACGAGACGACAACAGCAAAUACGACUUCUUCCUCGUGCACACCCUCACGACCAGCCACGCGCUGCGGCACCUGCUGCCGGGAUUGCCGGCGCGCUGGCACGUCCCGCUCGUGCGGCAGUGGUGGCUGCUCGUCGUGAGCGUGUACGUGGCGCAGGGCCGGCCGGCGGUCGAGCGCGGCCGCGUCGAGCGCGUCGACGUGGCGGGGAAGGGUUGGGACGGGUUCGUGGUGGGCGAGGCGGCGCUGCGGGGGAGGUGGCGGAACGAUGCGCAUUUUGUCAAGGCUCUCCGCGCCAUGAAGAACGCGGCCGACACGUGGGGCGACCCGGAUCAAUUCUUCCUCAAGGCGGCGGUGCGGUUCGCGACCGACUUCGACGGGUGGGGAGGCUUCGGGCGAGCAGAGGUUGAGCGGACGGAUGAGAGGAAGCAGACCCGAAUGGGAACCAUAUCGCCCGACGACCUCGAGCUGGCGGCGCUGGCGCAGGCGGGGGAAUAG